AUGUACGACCCGGAGUCGCCCACAGGACAGCUGCAGCGAUCACAUUUUAUGGACAUCACAGAGCUGCUCGCCGCACAGACGCUGCAUUUCGAGAAACGAUUCCCGCGCCCCUCACCAGCGCUGUCCAAUCCUCCUCCUCAUACUGUGGUGGCUGUGAUGCCAACAUUUGCGUCUGGGCGUCAUCCACAAAAAGAACCUGUCUGUCUGCUCGCAGUUCUCCAGUCACUGUUGUGCAAAGCUGUGAAUGGGGACUCUGAAAGCUCAACGAAUGAAGAUAGCAAAGGCUUGGACAAGGAGGAAGAUGACGAGGCGGAACCGAAUCACAUGGCCGCUAUCAAGGUGGCUCGGAGAAUGACUCGCCCGCGCACCAAGGGCAAGACUGCUGCGAAUGCUGUACAGCAGGGCCACAGCGAUGGACAAGCGCCGUCACAGCUCAAGGGCAUUAUUACAGUGGACAGUGCACCGAAGAGUGUGAACGAUGCACCUGCGAGUGGUGACUGCAGUGAUACAGUGGCUAAAAACUGUGUGGUAGUUCUCUCGUCGAUCCAGGACAGUAGUGAGCACCUCAGAGACGGUAAAGUGGGAGACUCAACAACCACAACAGGUGCGAAAGCAAUGGCCGAUGACGACGAUGACACAGGCCAUUCUGUGGAUAGUUCUAUGCAGGACGAAUCGAGUCUGGCAUCUGCAGCCGACAGCCAGACAUCGUCAAGUGAUGCCGGGGCAUCCAUGAAAACCAAGCAGAAGCAAGGAAGAAUGGGGAGAGCAACUGCACAGCCGCCGAAGGCCAGGCGGCGAAGGGCAUCCGAGGAGAUGCCCAGCUUUGAGGGUCCUGCCACCCGCCAGCGCAGCGUGAGGUUGCGAAGCGGGGACAAGAGGCGAGGCACCAGCCCGGCCCAGUCGUGUCCGAGCAAGAAGGCACGACAGAAAAAGCCACCAGCCGCGGCAAAAAAGCAAGGAUCGCGAGCAGCACAGGCAAAAGCCUCCAGCAGUAAGAAGGGCAGCACGUCUGAAAGUCGGGAAACGCCGGACACUGAACCGGAAGUGGAUCAGGAUGAAAGCAUGCAGGAUGUGUCUAGUGUGGACAUGGAGAGGGACGCAGCAGACUGUCACGUUGAUGAACCCCAUGGCAGUGAUAUAGUAGCUGAAGGCUCUCAGACCCUUGCUAGUGCCUGUGAAAGUGGUUUGACUAAAGCUGGCAAGGGAUUAGCUAGUGAAAGUGGUGCGUCUAGUGGGGAGCCGAAAGCGCCCUCCUUGGCAAACAUUACUGAUGCUGUGCAUCAGUUGCCGAGUUCCUCAGCUGCUGAAGGACCUGAGCUGAAGAAGCUUGUGACGAGUGCCCUGCCAACUGAUGUGUGUCUGCCCGGUGAAAGUGAGCAGCAGCAAAAGGAGCCGACUGAAGAAAGUAUCCCUAAAAUUCAGAGUACAGUCUGCAGGGAGUCAAACCCCGAGGUAGUGGCCUAUGAACCCGAAGGUGGACCUUCAGUUGUCAGCCAGCCCGAGGCGAAUUCUACCACCAAAUCUGACGAGAAAACAGAUGCGAUCCACCUUCAUGUUGAAACAGUUCCCCCAGCAUUAGAGAAAACGGAAGACUCGACAGUUGGAGCCAGCUGCCAGACUACAUCAUCACCAGGAGAAGGAAAAAUCGCCGACCAUCGGGACCGACGAUACUACAGCAGUCCUGACAAGUGCGGCGUGCUUGAUAGUCCCGAGAAGGGACCAACUACACCAAGGCCGUCGAGGCGCAGAACCAGAUGGCAAGAUGCAGAACCCAACACCGUUGCUGAGCCACCUGCUGUGCCGCUCUUCGAUUGCCCGGUGUUGCCAGCAGAACCUGUUGAACCAGUUGCAACUGUUUUCACUGAACUGCCUCAGCAUGACGAGGCUUCUAUCAAGUUGCAGGAUGUCAACAGUUUGCUUCCACCACCCCCACCAAAGGCCCCGUCUUCACCACUAAAGGUCCCGUCUCCCACCACCAAAGACCGAUCUCCAUCGCUAAAGGCCCCGUCUCCACCACCAAAGGCACCAUCUCCACAGAGGAAAGAGACGGUCGCCACGCUGGACUCGAGUCGUCCCGAAAAGGUCAAAUCCCGCUGGCGGCGCAGCAGUGAACUUGAGACUCGUGACACACCACCCGUCCCGUCGAUAUCUUCACCAGUAGCCUGCAGCUCCCCUCCACGUGAAGCUAGGAUGCUGGCCAUUCAAGAAGAAGCGACUGCGGCUGUCUUGAAGGAGAGCCCGCGAAGGAGAGAGCGGAGUAGCCCUACAUUGGCACCUCAUUCAAAGGAUUCCAGGGAGUCCAGAGGGGCGAGCAGCCGAGAACAGUCCGACAGCACGGUUUCACCUAGGGCCUCCAAAGAUAACCACAGGAUUGAGAGUAGCAGCAGGGACAGCAAGGACAGUAGGGACUACAGAGACAGCAAGGACAGUAGGGACUACAGGGACGGCAAGGACAGUAGGGACUACAGGGACGGCAAGGAGAAUAGGGACUACAGGGACAGUAGGGACGGCAAGGACAGUAGGGACUACAGGGAUGGCAAGGACAGCAGGGAUUACAGAGACAGCAAGGAAAACAGGGACAACAAGGAUAGAGGCAGUGCCAGCAGUGCGACGAAUGGCUCCUCUUCCAAGUCUAUGGGCUAUGAGGAUAUCGAAGAAAACCUUUACCUUUUUGAGAGGCGCAAGACGAAGAGCAAGAAGGAGGUGCGCCGCAUGAUUUGCGACUGCUCCUUGACCAAGGACGAGAAGGACAGGGGAAUCAUGGGCUGCGAAGAGGACUGCCUCAACCGCCUGCUCAUGAUUGAGUGUGGGUCCCGCUGUCCAAAUGGUGAAAACUGCAGCAACAGACGAUUUCAGAAGAAAAGCUACAUCAAAGUGGAAAAGUUUAUGACUGAGAAGAAAGGCUGGGGUCUACGCACCUUAGAGACUGUCUCUUCGGGCACGUUUGUGAUGGAAUAUGUGGGAGAAGUACUCACGCCAGAAGACUUCCGCAAGCGGGUCAAGCAGUACGCCCGGGACAACAACCAGCACUACUACUUUAUGGCACUGCGUGCCGACGAGAUCAUUGAUGCCACUCAGAAGGGCAACGUGUCGCGCUUCAUCAACCACUCGUGCGACCCAAACUGUGAGACACAAAAGUGGACAGUGAAUGGUGAACUCAGGAUUGGCUUCUUCACAAGACGACCACUGAGAGCUGGUGAAGAGUUGACCUUCGACUACCAGUUCCAGAGAUAUGGCAAGGAGGCGCAGCGCUGCCACUGUGAGUCUAGCAACUGCCGGGGCUACAUUGGGGAGGACACGAAGAUGACGCUCAAGUCUGGCCGCAGCCAGCUUCCGAAACGAACCAGCAGCAGCACCAGCAGCAGUACAAGCAGUACCAGCAGCAGCAGCACCAGUGCUUCCGCUAAGAGAAUGGAGGAGCGCAAACGAGACACAGUGGAGGACUUGGCGAUGGAAGAGGAGAUUGAGAAAUUGAGCGGUGGAUUGAAGAACCGGGAACACACAUUGCUUCUGGCCAGGCUUAUGGUCCGAGGAGAGGACAUCGACACGCGGCGGCGACUCCUGAACAUCAUCAAGAACACAACUGAAACGGCCUGCCUUCGCUUGUUUCUGGAUUACCAUGGCCUUUCGCUGCUGUGGAGCUGGAUGGCUGACAUUCCUGAUAACGAGCUUGCUCUCAAAGCUGAGAUUCUGACGGUGCUCCGUCAACUGCCCAUCCCCAACAAAACGAUGGUGAAGGACAGCAAGGUGAUGUCAGUGGUGCACCGCUGGGCAUCUCAGCUGGCUGAGCAAGGUAUUACAAAGGACUCUGACAUUCCGCCACCCCCUGACAAGCGAGCCAAGGUGACCAGCGAGGAAGCUGACAGCGAUGCCUCGGAAAGCUCAGGUGGUCAAACACCAGCAUCAGCACCUGGUCAACGCUCUCAGACUGGGUCUGUGGUCUGUUCUCCGGACUCUACAAACCUGGUUGAGAACGGCGACUCGACGUCGAGUGAUGGGCCCAAGGACGAGCAUGGCACCAAAAUGGCCAAGGAUCUUUCUGAGCUCGCAUCCACGCUAUUGGACUCAUGGAGCUCAUUAAAGGAAGUCUUCCGGAUCCCUCGCCUGGAGCAACAGAAACGUCGCGAGGAUGAGCGCGAGGCAGACAGGCGAGAACGAGAACGCAAUCGUCAGCAGAAGAAUCGGGAAUCUUCUUUCAGUGGCCGAGACUCCAACUCACGGCGCCGCAGUCCCCCAUCAUCAAGUAGCCAUGACCGCAGGGACAGAGACUAUGAAAGGUCAUCCGAACGGAGGCGGUAUUCUGCUUCACCUGAGCGAAGGGACGACAGGAAACCCUACCAUCGAUCAUCAGACCAUCGCCGCUCUGGCAGUGGCAGUGGGAACGACACCAAACCUAGAAAGACGCUACUUCCAACACCACCUCGACUGACCAAGGAAGAGCGGCGACAGCUUUUUGCACUAGAGGUACAGCAGAGAGACCAAGAGGAGGCCUUGAGGCGACAAUUCAUGGUUCCCCCAGCCGCUGCAGUGCCGCCGGGCAUGGUAGUGCCUGCUCCCACUCCUCAAGGUUUUAUGGGGGCACCACCUGGAAUGAUGCCAAUGCAAGGUGGCAUUCCCAAUCCCCAAGUGGCUGCUCCAAUGGUUCCUGGGCAGCCGCAACAACAGCCCGUCUAUGUCUAUGACCCAGCCACAGGUGCCGCCAUGUACGGGGCACCUCCAUCUCAGCCCGCAGUGACUUACUAUGACCCUCAGACGGGGGCACCCAUUCCAGCACCACAACCACCCGCUCCUCAAGACUACAUUCUGCAGCAUAACGCAAUACUGAGCGGGGCUCAGCCCAUGGUGGCUCCUGGCAUGCACUCGCCGGCAGAGGGAGGCCCCCACGUAAUAAUGCAGGCACCGGGACCAGUGGUACCAGGACAGCAGCCGAUGAUUCCUGGGCAGCCAAUAAUGCCGGGACAGCAACCAAUGAUGCCGGGACAGCCACCACUGGUACCGGGGCAGCAGCCAAUGCUACACGGUCAACCACCCAUGGUGCCUGGACAGCAGUUGAUGGGACCUGGUCAACAGGCACCAUUGCUGAUGACGGUGCCUCCUGAAGAGGCUGUUCCCCAGCACCAGUCUGUGCCUCCCAACAUCCAGGACUACCAGGCCCUGGCUGCAGCAAUCAGCAGCGUGACCAACAAGCCUCCCAGUCCGGCGCCGAUUCAGUCAGAGGCCGCCUACCUGACAGACCCGAUGCAGAUUCCACUGCCUCCACCGCUGUCCCCGGACAGCGGGGAGGCCACACCGCAAAAUUUUGACCCGGUCUCGUCUCCCACCUUGGACAGCACGGACAGCAGAGUCUCUGAACUGCCGGUGCCACAGGAGGCCAGAGGGGAGCCCAUAGGCACCACUCUGGAACUUGCGGUGCCAACUGUUGACUACGACACAGACACUCCCGGCAGCACGCCCGUGCUGCCGUCUCCCAGUCAGCAGCAGAGCACUGCCGCAGCUAUGGCCUACCCUCCCCCCGUUCAGGCACCAGUUGCUGCACCUUACGCUGUGGUGACGCCAGGGGCCGCAACCCCUGAAGGUGCACCGGCCAUGGCUCCAGGCACCGUGUACCCAGCCAAUCCGCAACCAGUGGCCCCUGGAUACGGCCCCGGCUACGGCUCUGGCAUGCAUCCACAAGUUUACUUCCUGCCCCCGGUCGCACAGGCCUUGCCCUCUGAACAGCCUCUGGAGCAGCCAGUAGUGUCUGUGCUCGGCAGGGAAGCAUCGUCUGGCCGUAUCUGCAGUCCACCGCCGCAGAUCCACACCCCAAACAAGAAGGAUGGCCGACUGCCUCCCCACUGGAAGACCGCCAAGGAUGAAGAAGGCAACGUUUACUACUACCACGCACUUACCAGAGAAACGCAAUGGGACCCUCCUGUUUGGGAUGAAAAUGAGGAGGACAUGGAGCUAGAAACCCCGACCUAUGAUGAACCAAAGGUGAACAGCACAGUAGGCAGCUCCAGGGUGAAGAGAUCGAGUAAGAAGAAAGCGGUGACAGUGGCUGCUGACACCUCAGAAGUGGCCAAAAAGAUCAAGGAGUUGUUUCGGUCCAAGAUUUCUUCCCACAUUGUGCACUGCCUGAACCCCUUCCGCAAACCAGACUGCAAGCUGGGGCGAAUCCAGAGCACCGAGGACUUCAAGCAUCUUGCCCGCAAGCUCACACACUUUGUGAUGGCCAAGGAGCUGAAGCAUUGCAAGAACGUCGAAGACUUGGAAUGCAACGACAACGUGAAGCAUAAGGCGAAAGAGUUCAUUCAGAAGUACAUGGCCAAAUAUGGUCCUGUCUACCGGAAGGACAAGACUGUCUCCCCCAAGGACGAGUAGCCCGCUCUUCAUUAUGUGCAGGCACACGAACUGCUAGCAAAUGAGAGAUGGCUGACGUUGACACUGAAUACUGCCAGUCAUCAGUGCAGCAUUACCAUGGCUAACUUCAGUCAUCAGUUCAACGUCUUCGAGCCUCUAAUCCAGGGACCACUAGACUGCCAGGCAGCAUUACUCUUCCCAUGUGUCACAAUGUGAUAAGUGUCGCACCAUCGCCAGAAGCUUCCAUGCGGAACAGUUGGUCGUGGCCACAUAGUAUGCGUUUGGUCCUGGUCGUGGGGAUGUGCAUUGGGCACAAGUGCCUGCCUCGUUGAGUCCUGCAAUAGUGGCACGUCCAGCAUUGGCACGCAGCCAAACGAUUCGGGCUGUUCGUCAUCGAAGCGGCAAAGUCUACCUAAAGCGCAUCUGUGUAGGCCUGCGCAAGUGAAUGAACACUUGGUCCUGCACUGCUUUUCCAAGAAAACAGUUCGUUGGCUAGAUUACAGUUGCUGAAAGCCAGGUUGUGCAAGUACUGCCACGGUGGCCGAUUUGCACUUCGCAGGCCAGCGUAAAUGGAUUCAGCAAGGAUACCAUGCAUUUUACAGGUCAAACAUCCUUGUUUCUUUGGCUCCAAGCCAUCCUUUUGUUCACACUAGUGAUUUUCACUUAAUUACAAUGGGGAAUUGAAAGUUAGACUUUUGUGAUGAACUGGUUCUGUACUGCCACAGUAUAAUGGACUUGCCUCCCAUUUUUCUGCAUGAUUUUAGUUUGUUUCUUUCGUCGUUAUCGGUUUUUUUUUUUUUUUUUUGUCGCUUGACUUUACAAUUCCCUAAGGCGAACAUGUUAACUCGUUUAGUUUUUGUAGUUGCUGCGAAUUCAGAACUAUUGUGUCUGUACAAAUCAUGCUACUGAUGAUUGAGUUCCUUUUCCUUUGUGUAGUACACAAGACAAGUAAUUUGUCUGAGGGUAGUUGUUAACACUGCAGGCAAUGCUUAGUGACUUUUGUCGUGUGGUGCAAGAAGGGUCAGGUGUGUUGGAAAUGAAUUUUGGGGUGCCACCAUCUUGUAAUUAAUUCAUAUUGCACCGGGAUAGGCAAGAAACGCAAGAAGUCCCCUCUUUGUACAGUCUCAUUGCUAUCACUUUUUCGACCGAGGUUGCGGAAUACUCUUGCAAGCCCAACGUUCCCUCACCUAUGCCCCCACCCCUUUCUUGUCUUUUUUUUUUUUUUUGUACAUAAAGUGGUUCAAUUUCUUUCUCCUUAUUUAAUUAUUGUCAGUAUCAUAUGAAAUGACUUCGUCGCACGGUUCUCGUCAUAUGCUGUCGAGUUUACUCUCCGACGAUAAUGCAUGGCCUAUCAAUAUUCAGUCCGGUGUGGAAAUUUUGACACCUAUAAUUUGAGCCAACUCCUCUUGGGCCAAGUAAGAACCAAGAGUUGAUGCUGUAAUUUUUCCUUGUUCAUUUCAGGGCAUUGUAAAUACAGUAAGAGCAUACUAUACGUAUAGAUUUGUCAUUUGAUGCACAUUUAUGCCCCAUUUAGACGGCUUGAUGCAAUGAUUGGAAUAAAACAUACAUUUUUCAUAUCCUUGGUACCUCUCAGUGCCGUCCUUUAUACGUGCUCACAAGUCACAUGCACUGUAGUGCUAAAUCGUAUAUUGAAGGCGUGUAUAGUGUGGAUGUAACAAAUUUUAUUUUUCAUUGUUGCCAGUGGGUUACAUUUGUCAAGAACAUAAUUUAGACAUAUUGCAGUCUAGUAAAAGUCAAUUAAUUUAUUAAUUUUGCAUUUGGGUCCUAGAGAAAAAGUGGUAAUGGCACAUUCAACCGGUCAUUUGAAAUGUCUUCGGUGAACUGUGAUGCUGUUAGCACGUUACUGCAAAAGCAUUCUGGCAUGCAUCUGCUUAUGUUGUGGAAACUCCUGUGUAGCAGGUAUUGCAGGGUCAUGUUGACAUUACAGUGAAAGAAUUGUUGAGUACACAGUGACAUGCAGUAAAGGAAAAGAGUCCUUUCCUCUGUUCCUGCCACACAAAAAGUGAGACCUUAUAGGCAAGUAUGCCUAGAUCAGCAGUGAUUAAAUUUUAUUUCCUGA